AACUGAUCAAAAACAAAAAGACCCGCCCAUCUUCAGAAAUCUAAAUAUGGAUGAGGGAAUGUCAGGUUUUGGUCUGAAAGCUAGCCGCAGUGCGGGCGGUGGUGCCAAGUGUGGUCGGUGGAAUCCAACCAACGAACAAGUCAAAGUAUUGACGGACUUGUUCAGGUCCGGUUUACGAACCCCAAGUACUGACCAGAUUCAAAAGAUCUCAUCCCAGUUGAGUUUUUAUGGGAAGAUCGAGAGCAAGAAUGUUUUUUACUGGUUUCAGAACCAUAAAGCUAGGGAACGACAAAAACGUCGUCGGGUUUAUGUUGAAUAUGAUCAAAACGACCAUAAUGUUGCAAAACAACAUUUUGCUGAAGUAACAGACACGGAAAGGGUGAUAGAGACAUUGCAGCUUUUUCCAGUGAACUCGAGGGCGUUCACAAACGAUGAAUGCAAAGAAAACACAUCGCCAUAUCCGACCAUGUAUACAUGUGGAACGGAAAUGGAAAAUCAUUAUCCUCAUCGACACCCUUCUCUAGAUUUACGUCUAAGUUUCAUGUAAAAAAAAAAGAACGAUUGAACUUCACCGUUGAUCAAGUCCACCUUGGAAAUCGUUGAGCAAACAGCUUUUGUGAUAUCGAGUUCAGCUCAAAUGAUAUUGUAUUUGUUUUAAAGUUGUCAUAUCUUAACUUCGGAUCUUUGUUAGAACAGAUCACUAGCUAGCUAGUAGAUGAAAUGAAUAGUGUAACAUUUUAAUCAUAUUGGUAUGUACGUGGGCC